AUGGCUACCAUAAGCAUAACUCCGAUUGUUGCGUUCUUGUUCCUGUGUUGUCAUGAGCUAAAUAUCGUCAAUGCAAGUAGUAAUAAAUACGGUGAACAUCCAGGCAAUGAUUAUCUGACGCCAUAUCGCCCUGGUAACCACGGGCCACGGCAUUCACAUCGAUACAUACGGGACUGCGUAGGACGUGAAGAGGGAGAAUUAAUUCACGAAGCUUACAACGUGCACGAACGGUCGACCGAUGAACCGCUGAUAGAAGCGCGCCAUUUCAUUUACGACAUUGUGUCAGAUUCGGGCGAGACACACACCAUCCAGGGUCACCACACCACCGUAAACGAUCCAAUGAAAUUGUCUGUUUUAGAACCAUCAACCCCCGGAGGUUGCGACCGAAAAGACCUGGAAACGGUCGUGGAAACUGGUAAACAGAAACAGUGCAUCAUGGGAUUGAAUGCAGGCUUUUUCAACACGAGCGAUGGUAGUUGCCUCGGCAACGUUAUCAGCGACGGCCGAUUGGUUGUAGAUUCGGGAGGAUUAAUAAACGCCAAUUUUGGUAUUAAAGAGAAUGGUCAGAUGGUGUUUGGGUAUUUCAGUCAAGAAGAAGUUACGAAUCCGGAAGUACCGUUUAUGCAGCUCGUAGCUGGCGUUAUAUGGAUUCUUAAAGAUGGUGAGGUGUUUAUAAAUACCAGUAAGGAGAUAGAAUGUGAAGAUAUGCAAGAAACAGGAGAAAUGGAUUAUUUCGUUGACGUUUUGUCAGCUAGAGCUGCCGUUGGCCAUGACAAGGAGGGAAGACUGAUCAUGGUACAAGUCGAUGGAAAAACAGGAGACCAUGGUAUCAGUCUUUGGGAUUUUGCCGACUUUUUACUUGAGCUUGGUUUAGUGAAUGCUAUUAAUUUGGACGGUGGGGGCAGUGCCACUACUGUUGUCAAUGAAACUGUCACUGGCUACCCAACGGAUUACUGUUACGAAGAUUCGAUAUUUCGUUGCGCGAGAGAGCUUUCAACAAUCCUGUGUGUGUACGACGACGAACUCAAUCCUGUAAAUGAGGGCGCUAUCAUCAAUAUCUCCAGAACUUCCGUAUUUAUGAUGACCUUCUUGGCAGCCGUAUCCAUGGAGAAUUAACAUUGUAAUACAAGCACCUUUCCUGGAAGUGGUGCCACCUAGCGACGAAGCGCCACGUAAUGUUGGUUGUGUAUACUUUCGUAAUUUGGAAUAUAUCAGUUAUAUCAGAAAAAAUAUUAAUUGUUUGAAUUAGUGGAUUAAUCCAUAUAAAAACAAUAUCAACAGGUUGCCUGGGUCGCUAGAGGGAACCACUUAUGGGAAUCAGUGUAUUCGAAUGUGAUGUAUAUUUUAAGUUUACAACGCAUGGAAAAGGGUAUUAAUUUCUUGGUUUGACCAACAUGAAUAUAUCCAAUGUAAAUUUUGUUGCAUGUGAAAUUAAGUGAAUAAACUAUUAAUAAAGG